GGUGUCAGAGCCUGGUAGAUCUGGCAAUUAACCUGAUUUCAAGAUGUCAGAGGAAGAAGAGUCUAUUCUGAACACUAAAAGAUCUCUGAGAAAGAGAUGGGUGAAACACAGCACUCCAGUGGAUUCAAUGCCUUCAGGAUCAAUGUCAUCUCUUACGGAACUGACAAAUCAGUCAAUUGAUAACCAAAAUUCCAGCAAGAGGAUUUAUGAAUCUCCAGUGCCAAAAUCAAAUCUAAGUAGAUCAUUAGCUCAAGUAUCAAUGGCAUGUGUUGAGGCGUAUAUCCCUCAUACAUCCCCAAAAAGGCUUUCAACAGCGUUUGACUCACAAGAAUCAAAGGAAGAGAUAAGCCAAAGCUCCCGGGUCGUGUUUUCUAGGAAGAGGCUUUCCACAGUGUUGGCCUCUGGUGAAUCGGAUGAAGAGCCAAAUGACAAGGUCGUGCCAAGCUCGGAAACUCAGGCUUCCACCAAAGCAUCCGAGGAGGCUGCAGUAAUUCCUGAGAGUGAACCUGCAUGGCUUCUUACUGGAAUACCAGGGAUAAAAGAUCUCCCAAUAGGAAAAAAAAGAAAGAAGAAAGUUGACAAAGCCCUUGUGAGAAAGAAAGAAAGAGAAUGGCUGCUCCGUCAACUUAAAAAUAUCGAGGAGGCAACUGACCAUGAACUGACAAUUGAAGAAGCUUGAUUGAACUGGCAUUGGUGCUAUCACAUCCAGCUGCUGGGAACAGCUGGUUCCAAUAAAUCACGCACCUGACUAAAGUACCUGUUAGACUUCUUUCUUUCUUUUCAAAAUGUGGUUGGUUGGGUGGGUUUUGCUGGUUGUUUUCUUUCUGCCCCUUGACUCUAGGAGGAGUCAGGUACAAAUUAAGCACCUCCACAGGAGAACCAAUGUUAACUUAUAAUGGCUAAAGGCCUGGAACAAAGAAGGGAGGGAGAUCUUUGUGUAAGAAUCAUUCUUCAUCCUGCCACACGCUGGCCUGUGUUGUGUUCCAUUUUUUUAGGGUUGCUGAUGUUCCUUAAGUGACAAAGUCCUAGUGGCCCCAUAGAGUGUAAACCUGGUUAGCCAAAGGAGAAUCUCCUAAAGAGUAAUCAAAGCUGAUGCAAUGGGGACUGUUUUUGCUGCUAGCUGAGGAGAUGAGGAAAUAGUGAGAGGCACUAAGGAGGGAGGCCACCCUCGAGAGAUUACUAAUUAAUGACAGUUUGUUUUGAAGUUUUGGCUCAAUAUGAGCUUGCCCCAGCCCAGGACUGUAAAUGCACCUCACUGUUGCGUUGGAGAUCUUUAAUGUUCAGCUCUGUGCUUUGAGGGGGUGUGUGUUGAUCUCGAGCUGCUGCGUGGAGGGGAUGAAAGGUGUCUUGACAAUUGUAUUGGCAAAAUGGCAGCUUGGCUCACAGCAGCUCUUUCUGAAGCACUGGUAUGAGCAAGUGAUGCAAAAAGCAUGAUGGUCAGUUCCUCCUGCUGACUGACACUUAGUUUUUAGGCAGCUUAACAGUUGUAAGUGAUCUAUGGGGUGUCAGCUAAAGGGAUCCAGAACAGUUUUACCAUGUGCACACACUUCUCCCUGCGCUUGUGUGGCUCUAGCACAUGUAUUUUCCAGGCUAUAGUGGGUUUGCAGCUUGUCCCAGGUACUGUCUAAUUAUCCCAAAGGAGAGAAGUCCUUGAAAAUUAAAUAUGGAGGUAAGGGAAGCUUUUGCAUUUCCUUCCUACACACUGAAACUUGUAAUAUCUCAUGUCCAAGGUGGCAGAGAAGCAGAAGCGUGGUCCAAGCCAACACUGAGACAGGCUAACCAAUAGCAGCUGUGUUAUGCUCAAAGAUGUAGGAGUGCAGUUCUGGUUUUAUAGCCUGUCUCAGGAUUUAAAAGGAAUUAGGAUGUUUUCGCUAAUGAUUCCUGAAGUGAAAUUCUUUGGUGUUGCUCAGAACAGCCUUAUCCUCAGAACCCAGCCUUCUGUGGUAGCUGGGCAGUGGGGCCAUGUUGCCCCUCAGGUCACCGACCAAGGCAUGCUUGCUUCAUUUGCUGUUUAGUUAAUGUUCUGGUAUUUGUUUGUGUGUGUGUGUUACCCAGGCUGCUUGUCUGGCCUCCGCAGGUUCCUCUGGCAACCAGGGAGCUCCUGGCUGAUGUAGAUCCCAAGCUGUCUUUGAGAUAAAAUAGGCAUAGUUGCAGAUGUGCUGCUAUUCCCCUUGAGCUUGCAGGCAUUUCAUCAGCAUCUAUGAUUUGUGCCAGGGGCUGAACUAAGAUCAGGCAAGUGCAAGGUUAGCGUAAAACCCUUCUCUACCCCUGGGAGAAGCACAGAUUAGUCUGCCCACAAGACCCAAUGCUUAAUCUGAAUGACCCAGUUCCUCUCUUAUUUAUUUGUAUCUUCCCAGUUAGCCAGUUCCACUUGUCCCUUCUUCAGACUUCUCCAUACUGGUCUCAGAAAGUCUUGAUACUGCUUCUGCUUUUCUCUUUCCCAGCCAUCUCUUGAAGACACUCCUGGCUCCUGCCUAAGCCCAUCCAGUUCUUUGGUCUUCAAAUGUCUCUAAAGUCCUCUCUAUUCUGGUAUCUAGUAGCUUCCUUCCUUAUAAGACACAAAAGUCUUCUGUCUUCCAUGUCUGCUCUUCACUGCUGGAUUCCUUGCCCAUCUGAUCAGAUACCCUCCAAUACCCGAUGCCAGUCUUCUGCCAAAACUCGCACUCAGCUCAUACCCUUAAGUGCCUUUGUCUACUUAGGUUGAACCCCUCCAUGAUUCUGGGCCAAGUGGAAAGGUCAUUAAAGGCCAAUUGGACCAAGUUCCAGGCCUCUGCAGGCCAGGGGUGUAGCUGCUGGGAAAGGUGCCGCUUGAGGCUACACCAAAUGCAAGCAGAAUCUGGGAAUACGGCAGCUAAACAUCUAAGGAGUCUUUGGGUUUGUGCCAAGUGCAACACAAAACUCUCUAAGAUUCAGAACGCAGUAAUGCUGGGAAAGUUUUACAGGGAUCUAGGCUGCUGCCCUGCCAAAUUCAUGGAACUGGUUGGUACCAGUAAAAUCCCAACGACUUUUCUUUGCGGAGGAGAACAAAUUGCCCAGAGUGGUAACACAGAAUUGACUUUGACUUUGUCUUUACAAGUCCUGAAGCUGCAUUAGACAGAUGUAAGAAA